AUGAUCAAAGAUGCAGAUUGUUUCGCAUUCGAUGUGAACGACUGCUUAGCUCCUGGAUUCUCAGUUGAAGGCUUCUCCAACCAUCGCGACACCCCAGUAUUUUCCACCGCUGCCAUGCUGGAUCGGGUCGCAAGACAACAACCCGAAUGUGGCGAUUGCUUGAUCAAGAUCUUGCUUCACAAAGUCGCAAAAGGAUUUGAGCCUUUGCUUCCAAAUGCCGACACGCAACCCAAAGCAUUUCAAACAGUGGUCAAAGCUCUUAUGCGGUAUCAAUACGUUAUCAAUGAGCCAGACGGCUUAUUUGUAAUGGUCACCGAUGCUGAGCAAGUGGAGAACACUUUGAUCAAGCGACUGCUGACUAAGAAGAAGAAGGUCGGUCAGCUCUGCUUGAACGAUGAUGUGGCAAGCACCGAUGAAUCCGAUGUUCUGGCGCUGCAGUCGACGAUGAAGACGCUUUUGGAAGGAUUACUACCCGAACCAAGCGAGUUCGAAGCGAAGGCCGAGAUUGGCUGA